AAUGUUAAUUGCGAACGGUCGCUUGUUUAUCGCUCAUUUCUUGCUCUGAUAAGAUUAGAAUAGUCAUAUGGAGCGUAGAGCGCCAUCUUAAAUGCGUCUUGUGCAAGGUUUUUGUAAAUAAUACAAUUUUAAGAAACAUUGUGUGCAAUUUAAGCGGAAGUGAUAAUGUUGUGGUGUUUUACAUGUUAUUAACGUGAAAUGAGAGAUAUCCGUUCAGUGGGAGUCAUGCAUAACCCAAGGCCAUUGGAGUUACCGGCAAGGCCUGUGGAACCUCAUCGGAGUAGAUCGUCUUCUUGGUCUUGGCGAAGGACCAAUAACCUUCCUCGACCGGAACCCCGACUAUCUUUACAGUGUCAGACUGAUGAGAAUAGCUACCUGCUUCGGUUGAAAAUAGUGGGGGCUUACUCGUUAGCUAAGAAGGAUAUAUUUGGUGCUAGUGAUCCAUAUGUCCGCGUGGAACUGCAGAAGGUGGACGGUGACGUCACGAUUGAAACAUUUCUCACGAAAACUAAGAAAAAGACUCUAAAUCCAGUAUGGAAUCAGGAGUUUAUAUUCAGGGUGAAGCCGCAGGAGCAGAAGCUGCUGAUCCAGGUGUUCGACGAGAACCGGCUGACGCGCGACGACUUCCUGGGCAUGGUGGAGGUGCCGCUGGCGGGCGCGGGCGCCGAGAGCGCGGCGGCGGGCCGCGCGCCGCCCACCAAGUACGCGCUGCGCCCGCGCAGGUCCGUUGCUCGUUCCCGGGUUCGAGGGUACAUCGAGGUUUAUCACGCGUUAAUUGGGAGAGUUGGGGACCCCGGCACCGAGGAAGCUCCGAACCCUGCGCCUGAUGAUUGGGAGCUGGUGGAACCGGCGCCUCAAGUUGGAAAUGUUCAGCCGCCCAGAACGACUAGUAUGGACGGAGAAUCCUCCGCAAUGACUAGCAUGGAUGAGGAAUCAGUGAUUGGUGGUGACCCGCUGCCUCUCGGGUGGGAGGAGAGACAGGACGCGAACGGGAGGACGUAUUACGUGAACCACAUAGCAAGGUCCACGCAAUGGGGGAGGCCGACGUUUACGCGUAACAUGAGCACAGAGUCUCAGGCGGAGAGGAUGGAGACGGCCGUCACGGAGUUCCAACGUCGCUUCCACAUCUCCGCCGACGACGGCCACGCCAGCCCGUCGGCGACCCAGCACCAGGAGGAUGUGAGUGAAAGGCGAGCCGAAAACUCAACCGAGAAUACUCCAUUUUCGACGCCCAUCCUCUCGCCAGAGCUGAGGGAACAAGUUUCUACGGAAACAACGACAAACAUAAGCAAUGACUGUGAUACUAAUGUAAGACAAAAUUUAAACGAAGAAGACGAUGUAGUAUGUGGUAACGAGAAUGCGGCCCAUACAGCAGAAGCAGACAAUAAUCAAAGUGACGACACUGCUGAAAAUGCUCAAGAAAUUAGCGAUAAUCGAAAUGCUAGUCAAGAAACAGUUGAAUCGGAUGUUAAUGCAAUCGACACUGAGUUACAAUCAGGAGUCGAAUCGCUUUUGAAUGAUACAGAGUCCAAUGGAGACGUUGUCGACGAUGAUACUAGGACGGAGAUAGAAGAAAUUACCUUCGGUAGAGAGAGAACCCUGACUGAAGAAACGGGUGAUGGGUCUGGGGAAUCGUUGACCUUUGAUGAAAAUCACUUUAGUACGCCUACAGGAGGUGUAACUCCCGAAAGGAGGGCGUCGACCUCUAGACGGAGGAGGACGACAACAAGUUCUAUGGAUGACUCGGAGGAUGAAACUGACGGGUCCACGGAUAGCACGAGGAGCAGCAGCUCAAGUAGCAGUCAGAGCCAGAAUUUACCAAACAGUGACGGGUUGCCGCCUGGCUGGAGCAUGCAGCGCGCUCCGAACGGAAGGAUAUUCUUCAUAGACCACAAUCAGAAGACGACAACUUGGAUCGAUCCCAGAACAGGGUGCGCGUCGAGCCUGCCGAGCGCGGCGGCGGCGGGCGCGGAGGCGGGCGCGCCGGGCGCGCUGGGCGCGCUGGGCGAGCUGGGCGCGCUGCCCGAGGGCUGGGAGGAGCGCGUGCACUCCGACGGCCGGAUCUUCUUCAUCGACCACAACACCCGCACGACGCAGUGGGAGGACCCGCGGCUGUCCAACCCUCAGAUCGCGGGCCCGGCCGUGCCCUACUCGCGGGACUACAAGCGCAAGUACGAGUACCUCAAGAGCCAGCUGCGCAAACCCAGCAACGUACCUAACAAGUUCGAGAUCAAAGUUCGCAGAAGUUCGAUCCUGGAGGAUUCGUACCGCAUCAUCAGCUCAGUCAGCCGGCUGGAUCUACUCAAGACCAAGUUGUGGGUGGAGUUCGAGUCGGAAGUGGGGCUUGACUACGGCGGCUUAGCACGCGAGUGGUUCUUCCUACUGUCCAAGGAGAUGUUCAACCCCUACUACGGUCUGUUCGAGUACUCCGCGAUGGACAACUACACUCUGCAAAUUAAUCCGAACAGCGGCGUUUGUAACGAGGAGCACCUGAACUACUUCAAGUUCAUCGGCAGAGUCGCCGGCAUGGCCGUGUAUCAUGGGAAGUUGCUCGAUGCGUUCUUCAUCCGUCCAUUCUACAAGAUGAUGCUCGGCAAGCCCAUCGAGCUCCAGGACAUGGAAUCCGUCGACCUCGAAUACUACAACUCGCUCAUGUGGAUCAAGGAAAAUGACCCGUCGGAGCUGUACCUGACGUUCUCCGUUGACGAAGAACAGUUCGGGAAGACCAUUCAGCGGGAACUGAAGCCCGGCGGUGCCAACAUCCCCAUCGACAACGAGAACAAGGAUGAGUACAUCAAGCUCGUGAUCCAGUGGCGCUUCGUGAGUCGCGUCCAAGAACAAAUGUACGCGUUCCUCGAGGGCCUGGGCGCCCUGGUGCCGCUGCCGCUGUUGAAGAUCUUCGACGAGAACGAGCUGGAGCUGCUGCUGUGCGGCAUCCAGCACAUCGACGUGCGCGACUGGCGUGCCAACACACUGUACAAGGGCGACUACCACGCCAACCAUCUCGUGGUGCAGUGGUUCUGGAGGGUGGUGCUGUCCUUCUCCAACGAGAUGCGCUCCAGACUGCUGCAGUUCGUGACGGGCACCUCGCGCGUGCCCAUGAACGGGUUCAAGGAGCUGUACGGCUCCAACGGGCCGCAGCUCUUCACCAUCGAGAAGUGGGGCUCGCCCGAGAACUACCCCAGGGCGCACACUUGUUUCAAUCGCAUUGACUUACCGCCCUAUGAGAGCUACCAACAGCUAAGAGAGAAGCUCGUUAAAGCCAUCGAAGGGUCGCAGGGCUUCGCUGGCGUCGACUGAGAACUACAGAUCCUCGAUAUACUUAUCAGUGCCCUGCAGUUAUGAGGACAAUAUCAGAGAGGGCUAAAUAUAUUUUAAAUUCCUAUAUUUAACGUGAAAUUCAUUCGUUAUAUAAUAUUUUAUAUGGAAAGUAAGAGGUUUGAAACAUUUUAUUUAGUUUUUUUUAUUUAUAUACAUUAAAUUUCAUACUUAGUCUAUUUAAAAAAAUAUAUGUAUACAUUUCUUUUUUAUGUCAAAAAUACGAAUCUUUUUUUUAAUUGAACUAUUCCGUUAUUUAUUUAUAACUUAGACUCGGUGUUUUUUGUUCUUAUAUCCAAUAUAAAUUUAUCAUUUUUAAUUCAACAUUUAUAAAAAAAAUUAAAAAUAUAUCAUAUUGCAACACAAAAUGUUAAAUUAAUUUAAUUUCGGCCUUCCUUAUAAACGUUGUUUAGUGUUUAGUUGAACACUGAUUUGUCUCUUUCUCUCGUUAUUGAUUUGACAUUAGAAAGAAGAAGACAGCAUUGUUUAACUCACCCGCUAAACAACGUUUAUAUGCGUAUUAAUAUAAACUAAAUAUUGUCAAUAUUAAUAACAAUGGUGCCAUUUAGUGAUGACUAAACAUUCAAUAGGGUUGCUAGAUUGUAUAAUUGUAUACGUGUAUAAUUUUAAUGAUGGUAGGCAGUGAACUCUACCAAGCCUGCUGGGUAGGUACCACCCACGUAUUCAUUGUGGUAAAUAGCAAUGCAUUCCACCUUACGGGUUAGGUAUUAAGAGCGAGUGAGCCAAUGUAAUUAUAAGUACAUAAAAUUAUAAAUUUCUAAUGCCUCUGAUUGGUCCAAUUCGAACAUUGUCCAUUUGUCUUCAAGGGGUUCAUUUACUUCGCCUGCCUUAUUGCUAUCAAUUAAAACAAUGUAUUUUUUUUUCUCAAAUUAUAAGAAAUAAAUAAAUAUUAGUACUAUUAAUAUUUCUGGCAACCCUAAGUGUGAAGAUGCAUUUAAACAAGCGUAAAUCAUUUUCAAUAUUUUCAUUAUUUAUAUAAAAUUACUAAUUAUAAAAAUUUGAAAUAUAUUUAAAACGUUAUCGCAAUUUGAACCUUACAGUUCAGUUCAUAAGAGUGAUAUUAAAGUAGCCUUCAUUUAUAUUAAUAUAAAAGUUAAAAUUAUACCUUAAUUCAUUGUAUUAAGAUGUACAUUUGUUUGUCCUGCUUAGCUUAUAUACCACAAAUCUUAUGUAAUUAAUUAUAACUAUAUUAUAUCCUAUAAAUAACUUUAUAAUUUCAUAUCAAUUAUUAUUAUUUAACACGAAAAAAGACAAGACAGGUUGAAUUAAAACAUAAAAUCGAUAUUAUCAAAAUGUUUUUGAAUCGCUUAAAACGCUUUCGCUUUAAAUAUUGCAUUCAGCUGUUAUAUACAAAUAUAAAGGAUAAUUAUUAUAUACCAAAAUAGAAUCAAUGACGUCAAAAAAGUAUAUAAUAAAAUAAAAUUCAAAGGCUGUCGAGAUAUUUGCAGCCGUUGAAUUGAAUACACAAUGAAAUUAUAUAUUUCAAUUGUUUCAUUAAAUUUCAAACCGUCUAUAUAAAGCAACGACUAGAACUUGAUCAAAAUCCCUUGAAUAUAUAUAUAUAAGCUGAAUGUGAUAUUUUUUUUUAUUAUUUUCAUAUAAAAAUUAAUAUAAUCUGUAUAUAGUGUAGGUUACGGUGUAAAAAAAAAUUGCUAAUGUAUAAAAAACAAUUUUAGAUUUUCAAAAGAUCCAUCUAAUGGAGUGUGAUGUGCCGAGAUGUCGAGCGAUUUUUUUUUUUUUUUCGUAAGCCGCGUGUAUUUAUUUAGUUAAAAACAUAUUCCGACCUUACUUCGUUCUUAAGUUAUUUUAUUAACUUAAGUUGUUUUACUUAAAUCGCAUAGUUAGGUUAUGAAAAUAUUUUUUUAAUAAAUAUUAUUAUUUUUAAGUGAAACUUAGUUACGGUUAUUAUUAACAUCUUUAUUUAUCAUUAAAUAUAUGAUUAUUUUUUAUCUGUUGUAAUGCAAUGUUCAAUACAUUUGUUUUUAAUUGUAACAACAAUAUAUAACAUCAAUACGGUAUGAAUUGUAAGCAAAAAUAGCGAAAUAUUUCAAUUUUAUCCAGUUUUGAGGAAAAUCUAUUUAUGAGGUUUCUUUGAGAGUUCGACGUCUAUAUGGAACAUUCAAUCUUCGAGUUUAUAUUCAAUUAGAAAAAGAAAAGAAGCAAUGUAGUCAAUAAAUUAAUUUUAUUUAUAUAAAUUAUUAAAAAUAUUCAUGUUUUUUUUUUUUUAGUAAAAAUCAUACUGUCCGUAUAACUGCAGAUUUAUAUCCAGUUUCUGAAUUGAAGUCAGAUUAACUUAUUUAGAUUUAAUCUGAACGCUCAUUGGCCGCCUAUCACGUCACCUUUCUGAUUAUAGCCAAAUCAGUUUUUUAUAAAUAAACUUUGCAAUCAGUAUCCUAAUCGAAGUCGUUAACCGAAUAAAUGGCGUGUUCUUUAAUUGGAUAGUAUUAUAGUCGUGCUAUCCUUGUUUCAUCCUCACAUCAGAAAGAGAUAGCAAUAUGUUUAGUGAUAGUUUCAUCGGCAUUGGCACCAAACUGGCACUUUACUAAUUAUGUCGGAUAUUGGCUUAAAAUUUAAUAAUGAAUGGUAUGAACUUUCGGCUUUACCAAUAAACGUGGUUUAGCGGGUGAUUAGUUAAACAAUGCUGUGUCUUCUUCUUUCGUAUGUCGAAUCAAUUAUGAUAGAAAGAGAGAAAUCGUUAUCCAACUAAACCCCCGCCAAACAACGUUUGUAAGUAUAUUUUUUUGAGAAUAUUGUACGGAUAACUAAGUCGAGUCAUAUAGCCAUUGAGUUCAAAAAAUUACUAUUAAAAAUAAUUAUUAAAUAAUUUGGUGUUUCCAUUCGUGUAUAAACUCAUUGCAAUAAAUUUAUAUAACGUGGGUAAUAAAUUCUUAAUUAUAUUAGGCUUUUGGCAUUGUAUAAACAACUAAUUUUUUCUGUUUCAAUUCAUUUUAGUUAUUUAGUUAAUGUUAAAAUUAAAAGUUGGAACGUAUUAUUUCGUUGAAUAUGAUUACAAAAGAGGUUCUUUGAGCUUUUUUUUUCUCGAUCAUUAAGUGUCAUUAAAAAUUUAUAUAAACGAGUAAACGGGUUUUGCUAUGUAUGGAUAAUAUUAUAUAAUAAUAAUAAAUAUUGUUUUUUAUAUAAAAUCACAGUAUUAUUUAUAAAAAUUAAUGAAAUAGUAAAAUGUAAUAAUUUAUAAUGAAAUGUGGCAUUAAGUUUUGUUUUUUUUUUUUUUAUUUCUUCGAAAUGAUACGUUUAUGGCUUAAAUUGAUAAUGUAUUGAAUUUUUGUUAGUAUGGUUUAAUACGAACAAUGUUUGGUGUUGUCGAAAAGAUGGCUAUUUUUAUUACGACUGUACUUUUAACGAGCGUCUGUACAUAGUUAAUUGAAAUGAAGGAUUAAUAAUGCAAAUAAAAUAUCGAUUAUAUCGUUAA